AUGGCUACAGGUUCCAAUGGCGCCAGGCGCAUAGUGUCGCUCUUGCGGCCAUCAUUAGUCGACUCCGGAGUGUGCAGAAGCUGUCAGCAAACCCUUGGCCGCCGCAACUAUGCAUCGGCUGCGACCGAGGCAAGCCCUUCGGAGGCUUCGUCAACGGCCGCUCCCCCCGUCUUGAAACCCGUCUACACAAUCAAUGCCGGGAUGGUGCUCUCGCGCGCACCCCUCGUCACCCGCGACCUGGAACCCUUCGAGAAGGCCUACCACUUCUAUCAAAAGCGACUAAACGAGCGCCUGACCCUUCCAUUUACCAAAUACUUUUAUUUCAAGCGGGGCACGCCGGCCGACGCGGACUGGAAGAACAAGAUUCGGGAGCGCCGGACCCCGGCGCGCGACAUCGGCCAUUACGACCCGUACGGCCCCGAGGCAUGGAACGACGAGCUCCUGGUCGGAUCUCGGGAGUCCGACCCCGAAUAUCAGGCCGAGAUGCUGGUGCAGGAUGCCGAGUCUACCGCCAACAACACGUCGCAAGACACCAGCAAACGGGAGGAGAUCCCGCGACCGUUCCCGCGGGUGACGGAGGCAGACAAGAAGGGUGACCACCACAGCCUGAACCGGCUGCUGCCCAGGACUUUGUAUCUUCUGGUGCAGUCGAACGAGGGGUACUGGAAGUUUCCCAGCUCGCCGGUGGAGAAAGACGAGAGCCUUCGUGGGGCCGCUGAACGCACCCUUGUCCAGUCCGCCGGUAUCAACAUGAACACCUGGACCGUCGGCUAUCACCCCGUUGGACACCACGUUUAUGACUUCCGACACCCCCGGCCCGGCCAGGCCACCGGCACUACGCUUCACGGCGAAAAGACCUUUUUCAUGAAGGGCCGUAUCAUGACCGGACAGGCUAAUCUGUCGGCCAACAUGCAGAACCUCAAGGACUUCAAGUGGCUGGCCAAGGAAGAAAUCCCGCAAUAUGUGCUGCCGCAGUACUUCAGCAAUGUCAAGAACAUGCUGUCCGACCGGUAA